AUGGGUGGGAGUUGAGAGAGACAGACAGACAUCCCCCUGCUCCUCCAUCUCUCCUGCCUGGACUUCUGCUCACCGCCCCCUCAGAGAUGGCAGAGGACAUGUGGGAGAACAGAACAGUCCCCAGCCCUUACCCCCACCUCCCCCUGUCUUUGCUACUAUGCAACGACACCCUCCUCAAUGACACCCUCCUCAACGACACUCUCUUCAACUGUAUCAACUCCACCAACAUUCCAGAGAUGCCAUUAGGACCCAGUGUAGCAGGGGUCCUCAUCCCACUCAUCUACAUCAUCGUCUGUGUCAUCGGCCUUGGCGGGAACAGCCUGGUCAUCCACAUUGUGCUGCACUACUCCAAGACGGAGUCUGUGACUAACAUCUACAUCCUGAACCUUGCCAUCGCUGAUGAGCUCUUCAUGCUGGGCCUGCCCUUCCUGGCUGUCCAGAACACCCUCCAGUUUUGGCCCUUUGGCUCCUUUAUGUGCCGCCUGGUCAUGACCGUGGACUCCAUCAACCAGUUCACCUCCAUCUUCUGCCUGACCGUCAUGAGCAUUGACCGCUACUUGGCAGUGGUACAUCCCAUACGCUCCUCCAAGUGGCGGCGGCCCCAGGUGGCCAAGGUGGUCAACGGCACAGUAUGGGCCAUCUCCUUCCUGGUGGUCCUGCCUGUGGUAAUCUUCGCCAACGUCCACAAGACGGGCGGCACCUGCAAUAUCUCCUGGCCUCGGCCGGCCGACAUUUGGCGGGCGGCUUUUAUCAUCUACACGUCCACAGUGGGUUUCUUCUGCCCACUCCUCAUCAUCUGCCUCUGCUACCUGCUCAUCGUCUUCAAGAUCCGCAGCUCUGGCAAGAAGGUCCACGCCACGUCCACCAAGCGCAGGAAAUCGGAGCGCAAGGUGACGCGCAUGGUGGUGAUCGUGGUGGCCGUGUUUGUCUUCUGCUGGUUGCCCUUCUACGCCCUCAACAUCCUCAACCUGCUGGUGUCUCUGCCAUCAGAGUACCCGGGCCUCUACUACUUUGUUGUGGUAAUGGGCUACGCCAACAGCUGCGCCAACCCCAUCGUCUACGGCUUCCUGUCAGAAAACUUUAAGCGGGGCUUCCGCAAGGCCCUGUGUCGCUCCUCACGCAAAGUGGAGAGCCACGACCUGACUGAGCGCCAGCAGCAGCAGGAGGAGAGAAGGAGGGUGCUGAAGCCCCGGGAGAGCUUGAGGAGGGUCGUACGAGAUGAGGAGGAGGAAGAGGAUGAUGACGACAGGGAGGACGUCACAGAGAUGACGGAGAUCUGUAGGAUCGCCCAGAAUGGGAACGGACAUCCUGAGAGUUCCCUGGCCCUGUUAACACCCAAGGCGCCAGCUCCAGGGGCAUCUGAGCAUGUGGUAUCCCCAGAAAGGAAAGCCAAAGCUGGUGACAUUGGUGGGAAAGGCCCAAACUUGGGGCCUCCAGCAUCCCUGCAUAAUGGACACACCAAUGGGAGUGUCAAACCACUGCCAGAGGAGCCAGUGGAGAAGAACUCCUCACUGGAGAUAAGCUACCUAUAAUGUAAAAUAACUGUCUCUGAAGUCAGUUACCUGAUGGAACUUGCAUUAAUAUUUUGUGUUAUUCAAGUAAUGUCUAUUUAAAUGUACAGCGCUAUACACAUAUAGAGAAGAGAAGCACUCUGUAAGGCCAUAGCACCUUUCAUUAUUUUAAUGCUACAUUUCUGAUCAACGGGCUGAGAGUGUUUGAACUCUACAUCAAGCCAAUGGAAUUUGUGUUACAAUGACUUGAUACUGCCUGUAAAACCGUGUAUAUACUAGGUUAUUUCUGAAGACAUUUGUAUAAUUUCAAUCUGUGUUUAUAUGUUUUACCACAAGAUCACUGUAUGUACAUAAUGUCUGUGCCUUUUUCCAAACUUAUCUGACAUAUCUGAUUGUAAUUGUAUUACAUUUUUACUGCACAAUGUGACAAUCAAUUAUAUAUAGAUGAAUGUAGCGUCACAUUUAUAUCGUAGUCAUUCACCUCGCUACACCUUAGCUGGAGGAACAGAGGACAGAAGAAAAAGAAGGCACCUUGUGUAGCUUCUAUUCCAUGCCAACAGAAUGGCCCUACAUGCACAAUCAGAGGAGGAAAACAGGUGCCCUGAUUGGCAUAAAAUCAAACGGUGGUUAUAGAUUUUUGAGGGUUUAUUUUGCUUGUGUGUUGUGAGCCGUGGUUGUGUUUGUACUGCUGCUAUAUGGGGGAAGAAAAGGGCUCUGGAAAGAGUUGGCAACUUGGCAUCCGGUGACAGUGUCUCAUGUUACUGAAUAUCAAGGUGAAAUAUCUGGUGACAGUGUCUCAUGUUACUGAAUAUCAAGGUUUUAUUUAUUUUUUUUAUUUUUUUAUUUCACCUUUAUUUAACCAGGU